AUGGAAGUUGCCCGAAUGGAUCCUAACCAAAGCUUCAAAAUCUUGUUAUCCCUCUAUCUCUGCGACAAUGCUUAUAUAGGCAAAAGCUUACAUUUUCAAGAUGGAUGGUUUAAGAAUUUGAAGGAACUAACUCUUGUAGAUUUGCUGUACUUGAAUUACAUUCUUAUUGAUGAAGGUGCAUUACCUUCUCUAAGAAAGCUUCACUUAGUCUUGUUUCCUAGACUUGAGACGGUACCAAAUAACAUUCAACCCUUAAAGAAACUUGGAUUUCUAUAUAUGGAGCAUAUGACUGAGCAUUUUAUGAUGAGCAUUGCUCCUCAUGAAGGAAAAGAGCAUUGGAUCUUCAAGCACGUUGCUCUUACAGGAAUUUGUACUGGGUUUGCCAAAUCAGAUACUGGAGGAUGA